CUGAUGAUGAGCCCUGUGGCAAGUGAGAACUGGCAGGCGGCGCGCGCUCAGUACACGCGAGAAACUGCAGAAGGCCGUUGGACUCGUACGUUGUAAAUUAUGUACAUAAGUUGCUGAUAUUUUCCGGAUACACAUGAAUGGCGUGUUGGUCAACUUUGAGCCGACAAACCGAGCAGCGAGUGAGAAAAUCUGUAGACCGACGGCAAGCAUCGUCUAAACUGGAUACACGUAUCCCAAGUGCUCCGCGCCCGUGUCUCACACAGACCGAGGAUCGACGACUCCGGUGGGGAUUUUCAACCUGACAACACCGCGAGAAGCCUGUAAAAUGUAAAGAGGGAAAAAAACGACAGCAACAAACGAGCCCAGCGGAUUUUUUAUUUUUGUUUUGCCGAAGCUUUUUUAUUAUACAUUUUUUGAGCGUGUGUAAAAUAUUUUUGUAGGCAGAAAGUCCAGUGUAAAUCUCCUGUAAAUAACACCAAGGUUUGUAGAUAGAUAGCCUACUAUAUCCAGUUUUCUGUGAGUUUGCUAGCUAUUCAGUCUAAAUAACGCUGGACCGACGAGCUGCGAUGUUGCAUUUGGGUUUACUUGAAGAUUUCCGCAUCAGAGUUUGAAAUAAUAACAGUGCUGCUUACCCCAGCUGGCUUGAAAAAAUCCCUCCUAGUUUCCUGUGUUUGUUUGAGCCCUGAGAUGUGUGAUUCUUUUUGAUUAGCACCGAACAAGUCGCUCCUGAAGAAAAUGUAGGCAAUGCUGAGAAGGAAAGUGAAGAUAGAAACAUCUCACCCUGCUUCUGUGCUUCUGUAAAGCAGCAGAGUAAAAGAGUCCGAGGAAGACGACGGAGGAAAAGAGUGACAGAGUGACCCGUUUGAUCAAGGACAGCAGUCUCUUAACACGUUAAAAGAAGUGAGAGGGUGACCACAGAAAAAGAGAGAGACGGGGACUGACGGAGGAACAAAGGUUUGGAGGAGGAGGUCUAGCAGGGGUGGGAAAGCCCAUUCCCCAUGGCUACUGACCCAGGAGAGCCCGCAGGCACCGAGGAUUCCUCGGAGAAACCUGAUGGACAGAAGGAGGAGGACCCGGAGUGGGAGGGCAGGGUCGACCAACAGAGGGAGAGGACAGACAGCACCCCUAUGGACUCAUCCUCCUCCCAGACAGAAGCAGGGAGAGCAGCAACAGAAGAAGAUGGAGGAAUCAGAGGAGGCGGUGGUGGAGGAGAAGCCUCCCAGGAGGAGACCGUACUCAGACCUAUUUCAUUCUCCACACCCUCCCUACCCAUCGAUACAGGUCAGAAACGACUAAGAAGGGAGAAGCGCUUCUUCAGGAAGAGUGUGGAGAUUUGUGAGGAAGACGAUGAGGUGGAUGUACCCACCUUGGCAUCACAUAGUGCCCCCCACCUGGAGCUGCGCUCAUCAGACUCAGUCUUUAGUAGUAGUCCCCAGCAGCAUGGGGUUGCUUCAUCCUGUGCAACCUUGGGACAUGAACCGUCUUGCACCAGCUCAGUCCAUGAGCCUGGGAAAGAUGCUCCUUCAUCUGCACCUGUACCGAGGGGGAAGGAGAGGGACCGAGAACAGGAAGAGGAGGCAGAGAUGAAAGCUGUUGCUACCUCUCCUGGAGGAAGGUUCCUCAAAUUUGACAUAGAACUAGGCAGAGGAGCCUUCAAGACCGUCUAUAAAGGCCUAGACACCGAGACUUGGGUGGAGGUGGCUUGGUGUGAACUUCAGGAUCGCAAGCUGACCAAGGCAGAGCAGCAACGCUUCAAAGAAGAGGCAGAGAUGCUAAAGGGGCUUCAGCACCCCAACAUCGUCCGCUUCUAUGAUUCCUGGGAGUCUGUACUUCGUGGAAAGAAGUGCAUUGUACUAGUCACUGAACUCAUGACAUCAGGAACACUCAAAACUUACCUGAAGCGCUUUAAGGUGAUGAAACCCAAGGUCCUUAGAAGUUGGUGUAGGCAAAUUCUGAAAGGCCUUCACUUCCUUCACACCAGGACUCCACCAAUUGUCCAUCGGGACCUCAAGUGUGACAACAUUUUUAUAACAGGCCCCACAGGAUCAGUCAAGAUCGGUGAUCUGGGACUGGCCACUCUUAUGAGGACCUCCUUUGCAAAGAGUGUUAUAGGAACCCCGGAGUUCAUGGCUCCAGAGAUGUAUGAGGAGCACUAUGAUGAGUCUGUGGACGUAUAUGCCUUUGGGAUGUGUAUGCUGGAGAUGGCUACUUCAGAGUACCCCUACUCUGAGUGCCAAAAUGCUGCUCAGAUCUAUCGCAAAGUCACAAGCGGUAUAAAGCCAGCCAGCUUUGACAAAGUAAAUGACCCAGAGAUCAAAGAGAUCAUUGAAGGCUGCAUUCGUCAGAACAAAAGCCAGAGACUCUCCAUUCGAGACCUGCUGAACCAUGCUUUCUUUGGGGAGGACACAGGCGUCCGGGUGGAACUAGCUGAGGAGGACACAGGCAUCCAGGACUGCCUGGCUCUCCGAAUUUGGGUUGAAGACCCCAAGAAGCUGAAGGGGAAGCACAAGGACAAUGAGGCCAUUGAGUUCAGCUAUGACCUGGAAAAUGAUAGUGCUGAAGAAGUGGCUCUAGAGAUGGUGAAAUCAGGCUUCUUUCAUGAAAGUGAUGCCAAAGUGGUCGGAAAAUCCAUCCGGGACAGAGUGAACCUAAUCAAAAAGUCAAGGGAGCGUCGACAGCAGCAGGUCCUUCAGCAGCAGGGCUUUGAAGAACGAAGAGACUCCACUCUCACUUCCUACACCUUUACUCAUCCAUCUUACCCAUCCUCGCUGGUGCAGGGGGUAGCUGGACACACGGGAGACGGAGGGGGAGGUGGAGUGCAGGAGUCCGAGGAGCUUCCUGAAGUGGACCAACAUGUCAGGCAGCAAAAUAUUUUCAGUGGGGCAACCCUAAAUCUGCCAGAAGGGGAGAGCAUUGGAUCUGCAAGCUGUGAAUCUUAUGCGAGUGGACAGAGCCAGGCAUACUCUCUGCAGGGGGACUCAUAUACCCACUCACAGACCUCAUUACCCACAGUUGCAUCUAGCACUGGUGCAUUGCCUCAUCCUCAGAUGCCCCCCAUUGGUGAGAGUACAAGUGUUGCUACUAUACCUCUUGGGCCGAGUGUUAGUAUGACAAGCAUGUCCUUAGGACAAAGUGGAGGAGGACCCAUGGGUCAGACAUUUCUUCACUCCGGUACCGUGGUUCCGCAGGUAUCACCAAGUGUACCUCAACAAUACUUUCAGGAUGGUCCUUGUAAGACAAGUGCAGAUCGUCAUUCUUCAUCAGGGUGUAUACCAGCCAGUGGCGAAGACCCCUUGCCUCUCUUGGCAAAUGGAAAAUUAGAGAAACUUAAGUCUCAGAGACGAGCUUCCAGCCAGAAGUCUGAGAAACACCAGUUUCAACUGAGCAUGCUUCAGGUGUCCGGCAGUGGGGACAAUAUGGUGGACUGUCAGUUGGAGACUCACAGCAACAAGAUGGUGACAUUUAAGUUUGACAUUGAAGGGGAUGCACCCGAGGACAUAGCAGAUUACAUGGUGGAGGAGGACUUUGUCCUUGAUGUGGAGAAAGAAACAUUUGUCGAGGAGCUCAGAGCGAUAGUUAAGAAAGCCCAUGAAAUUCUUCAGACACAUUCAGAGACUGGAUCGACUGACCAGUUACAAGUCAGCACUCCCACUUACUCCAUGGACCCAGUGCCCCAUUCCUCCCCAGUGGGACGUUGGCGGUUCUUUAUCAACCAGACUAUCCGCCACAGAGACUCUCUUUCCAGUCAGGGAGCAACCACACCAUCACCCACUGCAGAGACAAGGAUUCCCCAGUCUCCUAAAAGAGAGAAAGAAAGUGAAGGAUCCCAAAGUCUGGAGUCCUUGAGUGGAAUGGGCUCUCCUUCCUACCCCACCCUUUCUGCCACCUCCCCCCUAGACUCCACUGUUUCAGUACCUACUUCCAUGAGCCCCUCUGCUACCGCAGCCCCUGUUCAUCACACAGCACCUGAAACCAGGCCUGGACCAGCCUCUGUCCCUGUCACCACCUCAACUGGCCUUAUCUCAGCUUCUGCUGACCAAAUUUCUAUUGCUCCUUUAACUAUAGCAACAUCUGCUGCUGCUCCUGAUGCUAACCUCACCAGCUUGUCCGCUGCUCCUGCUGUUGUGUCUCCCUCACCCAUCACUAUUCAUCCUGAUAACCUGACUUCUCCUGGAACCAGUGUUUGUUCCACUGCGAGUCAAAGUGUAGAUGAUACUCUGAUCUCUGCUUCAAGGCCCCGUAUGUCUGCCGUGGACCAAUCUUCAGCCUCUUUUCAUUCCCCUUCUCCUGCUGUAGUCAUCCCUUCUACUGUAAGCCAACUUGGCAUAGAGCAGCAGCAGACAUACACCCAAGUAGCCCAACCAGCCCCACAACAGCCACACCAACAGCUACAGUCUGCAUCACAGCAGCAAGUACCAUCACCACAACAGAAACUGCAGUCCCAACAUCAGGUGUACCACGAACAAGUACCACUACAGCAGGAACGAGCACUUCAGCAGUCUCUCCAGCAGUUGCAUCAGCAGCAGCUAAUUCAAACACAAAUACCACUUCAACAACAGCUGACUGAGGUGCAGGGAAUGUCUCAGCAUUGUCAUUCAGAGGUGUUACAGCAGUCUCUGCCUCUGCCACCUUUUCCUCAGCAGCCAACCGAACAACCCCUUGUUCAACAGCAGACAUCAAAGUUUUCCCCACAGUUGCUGCAGCAGCCUCAGUUACAGCAGUUACAACAGCAGAUUAUGAGUCCUGCUGGUCCAUUGCCCCCCAAACAAGCCCACAUUGAUCAACAGCAGCAGCAGCAGCAACAGUUAAACCUACAACAGACAUUACACUUACAGCAGCAGCAGCUACAGCAGCAUCAGAUGUUUAUGGGUGCUGCAAUUUUGAAACCAGAUCAAAACCAAAUGCUGCCCCUAUCAGUUAGUCAGCAGUUUCUUCAACAGCAGACACAGCUAAAUGUUUGCCCAGUACCACAACAGCAGGUCCCACAACAAACCCAAGUGCCUGUUGAGCUGUUAUCACAACACAUACAGGCACAGAAACAAUCACAAUAUACUGAGCAGCAACAGGAGAUGGUUAAAGCUGUGGACACGCCCCUCAAACAGCUGCAGUUUCCACUACAGAAGCAGUCCUCCUUACAGAUGUCAGAGUCAGAGGUGUCCACGGGAGAGACAAGUGUUACAGAGGACACAGGGAGUUAUUCUGCCCCCUUUCAUCCCUCCUCUGACUCCUCUCUGCCACCUCUGCAUCUGGGAACUGCUGAAACCCCCUUACCCACAUUCUCCCACGUAAUGACGCCAUCCCCUGUUCAACCUUCCUCCGUAGCCGAGUCAGACAGCGAAGGCCCCCCCAAAAUUGAAUUUGUAGACAACCGCAUAAAAACCUUGGAUGAAAAGCUAAGGAAUUUGUUGUAUCAGGAGUACAGCAGUGGGACAGCACUGGCUGGGGGGGCUACCUCUUGCCCAACAUCAGCUGCCUCCACAUCAGCAGGUGGUGAUGAGUCAUCAGAGCCACAGUCAAUCCACCACUCAUCUUUCCCCCCACCUGCCUCCAUCUCAGAUACUUCCCCACAGUCCUCAUCCUCCACUACUUCCUCCACCACCUCCCGUUCGUCUUCCACCUCUCCUGACCCAGAGAGAGAAGGAGGUGGAGAGAAAGCUUCCAAAGAGGUGCCCAACUCUAUGGAGUUGGACCCAGUGGAGCAGCAGCUUGGCCCAUCACUCCUCACCACCUCUGUCUCAUCCAGCCCACCCACCCCUCUUCUGCCUCCCAAUCAGGAUGACUCUGCUGGGCCCCAACGCCCACCUGUACCAGGAGAACCAACCAUUCUUGCUGUACCCUCACAUUCUGACACCAGUGCCAUUGGAGAUGCAUCAUGGCCCCCCAAUCAGCAACCGAUCCCCCUCCGGCACGGACAGCAGCAGCACAAUGCAGGAGGUGGAUAUUUUGGCCUAAACCUGACAUGUCCUAGUAUCAGAAAUCCUGUUAGCAAGAAAUCCUGGACUCGAAAAUUCAAAAACUGGGCAUGCAAACUGCGUCACUCCGCCAGCUUGUUCAAGAAGCCCAGAGUCCAGCAAGAAGCAGAUUCAAGCAGUCAGCUGUUUAAAGAUGGGAAGGCAGGAGCACCACUUAAUCCACCGCAGCCUUCUAAAGGACGUUUUCAGGUGACUCCAGUGCCCCAGACCUCUCCUCCAAAGGAUCGCCCAUCGGGCCAUGGUGGCACUCACAGAAAAGUUGGCCGUUUCUCUGUGACCCAGACUGAGACUAAGAAAGAUGACAGGCAGACUGACAGCUCGCCAGUGUCUCCUGAUUUGGUGAGGGAGAGGAGGAAAUCUCGGGCAAAGGAAGGAGAUAAAGAAGAAAGUAAGAGAACUCCAUCAAUGGCCCACGCUCCUCGAGGUCCUGGCCACAGCCACUCACCCCUUGGAAGCAGUGAUGAUGAUGAUGAGAGUGAGCUGGAGGAUGAAGACCUGCGAAGAGAAUUACACAAGCUCAGAGAAAAGCACAUCAAAGAGGUGGUUUCCCUUCAGGCUCAGCAGAACAGAGAGCUCCAGGAGCUGUACAGACAGCUUCGUUCCCUCAAAGACCAAAGACAGAGUCUGCCUGCCUCCCUAUCUCGUACCCCUCCUCUUCCUGCAGCGCCCCCUGCCCUCUCACCUCGCAGGCCCAGGCCAACCAAAACAAAGUUUCGGGCCAGGCCUCACUCUCACGUAGACAACAAUGGAGUUACACAUGCUGGGAUUCAGCAGUCAAGCAGCUUUUCAGGUAGUGAAAAGAAUAGGCUGUCACUGUACUGCAAGCCAGAGCACCUUACUACGCUACCUGCUAAAAGAGAUCACAGUCCUCUAAGAAAAAGUACAUUCACAGACGAGCUGCACAAACUUGUUGAUAAUUGGACAAAGGAGACAGUGAGCACCACCCCGCCUAAGCCUUCACUGAAUCAAAUUAAGCAGAUUCAGCAGGUGCAGGAGUUGGGAGGCUGGAGCCAGGGAACUGAGGUGGCUCCCCCAGGUUGGUUUCCAGUGGCACAGGCGCCCACAACCCCUGCCAGUUUGACUGUGGCACCCUCUUCCCAUUACACGGGUGGAGGAAGCCUGUCCACCCUGCACUCUCCAGGACCUCCACCACAAACACACUUGGCUCAAGUCCCGCAGAUGCAGCAAAGUUUACACCUUCAUCAGUCUCUCCCCCUCCAGCAGAUUAGCUAUCCACAGUCCCAACUCUGCCAGCAGAUACCACAGCCCCUGAUGCAAACUCCCAUGCAGUCUCAGUCUUUAUCACAGACACCACCCAUCGCCCAGCCUCAAAGCCAACCGCUGCUGCCUUCCCAAAUGCCCACAUCACCAGUGUCCACCGCUACAUCUUUGCUGCCUGGUAGUGGUACCGCUGCACCCACAGAUAGCGCUGCUGCUGCUGGUGGGGCAUUUUGCUCCUGUUCCUCCCCCUCUUCCACCUGUUCCUCAUCGUGCUCUACUGCUGCUCUACCUACCAGUGCCAAAAUUCACCAAACACCCCCCACCUCUACUCUUCCUCUGGGACAGAAAUGAAACCAGGUGAAGUGUGAGGCCAAUAUGAAGGUCCAAGAGAUGGACGUAAAGCAGAUCCAUUUAGAGUGUUAGUUCUGUGUACGUGUGCGAGAGUUGUGACUGCAAUGACAUAUGGGUUCUAGUGUACUUGUGGAUGUGAUGGGAAAUGAAUGUGAAAGAAAGGUGAUAGGUUGUAGCAUGUACAGGCAGAGGGUAAUGUGAAGCAUGGCUGGGGUUUCUGAAUCAGUAUUGAGCUGUAUAAAGUCUUUGAUGUAUGAGUGUGUGCAUUUAUGAGUGUGGGUGGAUUAUUUGAGUACAUAUCACUUCUGUCUUUGGACACAAAAUAACAUUAACGUUUUUGUUUGCAAACCAGCUCAGCGGGACCUGAAAUCUCCCUAAGCAGAGACGAGAAGGACAAAAUAUUUGCCGGUGUUGACAUUUUUCUUUGGAUUUGUCAAUGCUUACAGUGAAAGGACUAUCAAUUUUUAAAAGUGCAAUUAGUAAUGAUCAUCUAAAUUGAUCAGCACGUAUUGUUUUCAUUUGUCUUUAAGGCAUAAAAUAUUUUUGUAGAAGCACAAUGAUUAAUACCUGAUGCAUAGGGGAUUUUGUUCAUCAUAUUUUAAAACUGUAAGCCUACAGAUCAAGUGUUUCAAAGGCAAUCGGAAAAAAAACCCCAAACUGACAGCAGCAUGUUUCAGAGGUCAGCACUUAUCCGGCUAUCCAUUUAACUGCAGUGCAAACAAACACACUGUCGAGGUGUCGUGUACCUGUACAGCAUGUGCUUGAUUUUAUAUUGUUUUAUGUUUGUAACAAAAUUAAUAUGACCAGAUGAAUCCAUAAUAUGAUGGUAAAUUCAAAUCUGCCAUCUCUGUUCAGUAAAUAUUUGGGUGCAUUCAACCCAGGACUGCAUGAUUUUAUGGCUGGCUUGACUUGCCUAGUGCAAACUGCUUGCACUCGCUGUAUAUUCAUGAAUCUCACAGUUACUGUUUGCAGCCCACUGAGGUAACGAGUCAUAUACAUUUGCUUUCAAUAUGAUAUGAUUUCACAUUUGACAUUUUCCUUUAUUUCUGCUGCAUAUCAUCUAUACCAGUGCUGAAGAGGACGAUUUAAAAGGAAAAGAAAAAACUGCCAAGUUAUCAUUAACUAAAUUAUAAAGGUAUUCUCAUAUUGCCUUUUUCUAAAAAUACUGCAUUUUUGUGAGCGUGUGAGUUAAUUUUUUUCUGUGUGACAAAGUGUUGUAAUAGUCCUGGUAUAGUGCAUUAAUUCAUGCAUCAAAGCAGCCUCUCAAAUGUCACUGUAGUCAAGUGGAAUUGUUUACGCUGCCUAUGUUUUAGGCUUACUUUCUAAAAAAAGAAGAAGAAGAAGAAGAAAAGGAAAACAACAGAAACAAAACAAGUGAGCGCUUCAGUCAUACACCAGUUCUAAGUUUGAUCAACACCAAUGUGAGAUCCUCACAUGCUCAUGUGUCAGCUUUGUUUGGCAUUGUACAAAUUCCUUGUUUCAAUUGUGAGCAAUUUAAUUAUUAAAUAUAGCCUGUUUGAAUUCAACGAUCAGAAGAUGCAAUGUGGGCCUCUGUGCUUUAUGCACACAACUAAAGGUUUACUCGAGUCAAACAUCCUUCAUUUCUUGAUUUCUAAACUCAUUUUGUAGUUGAAGACAUUCAGAGUAAUAUAUCACCAGCAGAUAUAUUACUGUACACUCUGACAGCUUAUCAGCCAUACACACAUUAGACCAUCGAUGGUUAGGUGUUAAUACAUUUUUUUGGUCUAAUAAAUAGCCAGUAGUCAAAGCGGUAUUUCUGAUUUAUUAAUAAUAGAUUGUGUGCCACAGAAAACAUGUGAUUUAACAGACAAAGACUGCUAAAUGUAAAUCAAAGGCAUGAAACACGAGUGGUUAAGAGGAAUAGUUCAUGCCAAGUGGUAUGGUUGUUCAGAAGCGGCAUAAUCUAGAAUAUAAAUUUACAGUACUCAGUAUGUGUUGCUUUUCAAGACUACCCACAUUUUCACAGAGAUGUACUGUAGUUCAUUAUUAGUGAAGGUGUGUGUGUUGUCAUGUCUGAUACUAACAUGCAUCUAACAAGCUACAGCUUAAUGAUUAUGACUCAUGAAGAGAAGCUGACUUUGUCCUUGAAGUGUUACCAAAAUGUGAUCGAAAAGACAAAGAUUAUUUUUGUAUUUUGGAAUGAGGUUGUACAAAUUGUAAAAUUGUGUUCUCCCCACUACAAAUCAGAGGUUAUUUGAAACUAGAAAACUGGUUUUCAUCCAUGUUUACAUGGGACUCCCUGUCUUGCUCUAACUCUGACAGGCGAAGCUCAUUCCGGAUCAUAUUCAGAUCAUUUUUGGUUAUUUUGCCAUCAUAUUUUAGUUUUGAACCACUGCAGCCCAGAUGGUACAUAAAGUAAUGACACCUCACCUUCCCACUGAGCUUUAGGUCACAUUAAAUUAAAUUAAAAUAAAAUUAAUACAAAUUAAACAGAAAAUCUGGGGGCUCCCAAAAUGACACGAUUGAGAACCAUGGUUAAAAAGUACAUUUGGGCAGAAAAGAAAACUAAAGGAAUAAUGUAUGUUGCGGGUGAUUUAGCCUCUGUAAAUUCUAACUAAUUCAUCUGUUGAUUUUAUUUAUGUUUUGUAACUAAUCAAAAUAAAUGAUGUCAAACAUCAAAUGACACCAGUGUAUAGGAGGUUUAUUUGUACCGUAAGUUCACUGGGCACGUGGGAUGUUCAUAUAUAUGCUAUAUAUAUGUGUUAUUAUGAUGAUAAAACACAAUAAUCAUUUGUAAAACAAGUAAAACCUGGGCUACAU